AAAUAUCACUCAAAUAUGAUCUUGGAUCUGCAGAAGGACUUGAUGAUAAAAGUAUAGAAAUGCAUGAAGGUGGUUUGAAUGGUGUAUACAAUUUUGAUAUAUACAAUGAUUUUGCUGCUUUUUUUGACAAAAGCCUUGGCGAUUGUCUUGGUGAUAGUUCCGAAGAUAAUUUCAGUGGUGCUUCUGGUGGUGGUCCUGGUGAUGCUUCUGAUGACAUCUCUUCUAAUUUAUAA